GACAGCGCUAGACAGCUUCUCCCCCCAAUCGCUCUGAGCAGCCGGGGAGAGGCGAAGGGCAAAGGAACUGCAGUCAUGGAGCAGUUGUAGGGAUAACAGACAAGCCUCUCCUGCCGGAAGAAAUAAAGACACCACAGCUUCAUGACCGAAAACGCAAUACCCAAAGUGGCAACGAGAAACGCAAGAGUACCGAUCAUGCAGUUCAAAUACAGAAGAAUCUAAUAAUCUAUUCAAACGAAAGGGUUCUCCGCGAUCCUUCAAGAUUGGACCCGCUUGAAGCCGUCUCAUCCCCUCGUCGUUCGUCGUAGGAUUAGCUGGCGCAUCGGCCAAGGUUGAUCCAUCACCAACAUCCAUAGUAUGUCCGUGGAGGAGCAGCGCUAUUCUGAAACGAUGCUCGUGCUGGAGGCCGAACCGGAGUGUCUGCGAGCCGAGAUAGAGCGCCUUUCCCGGGAGCUGAGUGAGACCACCCAUGAGAAGAUCCAGGCGGCGGAGUACGGGCUGGCAGUGCUGGAGGAGAAGCAGCAGCUUAAACAUCAGUAUGACGACCUGGAGAUCGAAUACGAGACCGUGCGUCAGGAACUGGACGUGCUCAAAGAGGCGUUUGGACAAGCCUACUCCAACCAUAAGAAGGUGGCUGCAGACGGGGAGAGCAGGGAGGAGUCUCUGAUCCAGGAGGCGGUGUGUAAGGAGGCCUAUUACGAGCAGCGGGUCCUGGAGCUGCAGACGGAGCUCCGCCAGGCCCGUAAUGUCCUCACCAACACCCAGUCAGAGAACGAACGCCUGGCCUCCAUCGCCCAGGAGAUGAGAGAGAACAGCCAAGUGGUGGAGCUGCAACGGACCAGUCUGCGUGAUGACAUCAAGGAGUAUAAGUUCCGGGAGGCACGUCUGCUGCAGGACUACACAGAGCUGGAGGAGGAGAACAUCUCCCUGCAGAAACAGGUCUCCAUGCUCAAACAGACCCAGGUGGAGUUUGAGGGUCUGAAGCACGAGAUUCGUCGUCUGGAGGAGGAUACCCAGUUCUUGAACAGCCAAUUGGAGGACGCCAUCCGCCUGAAGGAGAUUGCAGAGCGACAGCUAGGGGAAGCGCUGGAGACCAUCAAGACUGAGCGCGAGCACAAGGCCGCCCUGAGGAAAGAGCUCUCCCACUACAUGAGCAUAGGAGACUCUAUGUACCACAGCCCCCUCAGCAUCUCUCUGGAUGGACUCAAGUUCAGCGAUGACGCUGCCACGGAACCCAACAACGACGAAGCUCUCCAUGGUUACGAGAACGGCUUCAGCAAGCUGGCCAACGCCAUCGCCGAGGACAACCGUGCGUUUGCGCACAAGAAAGGUGACCUGUUCCGCCCCGUCCCCAGCCUGGUAGACGACCUGCUGAGUGAACUGAACAUCUCUGAGAUCCAGAAACUCAAACAGCAGCUGCUGCAGAUGGAGCGUGAGAAGGUGUCUCUGAUGUCCACGCUGCAGGACUCUCAGAAGCAGCUGGAGCAGGCCCACGGGGCCCUGGAGGAGCACCAGGAGAAGGUCAGCCGCCUCAGCGAGAACCUCAAUGCCAUCCGGAGGCUCCAGGCCAGCAAGGAGCGCCAGUCAGCCCUGGACAACGAGAAGGAGCGCGACAGCAACGACGACGGAGACUACUACGAGGUGGACAUCAACGGACCCGAGAUCCUGGAGUGCAAGUACAAGGUUGCGGUGUCGGAGGCAGGUGAGCUAAAGGAGGAGCUGAAGACCCUGAAGGCAGAGUACCAGUCCUGUCAGUCACGCCACGAGGAGGAGCGAGGCCGUCUGGAGACUGACGUCACGGCCCUGGGAGAGAAGCUGUCCUCCCUGGAGAAGACCAGCCGCGUGGAGAGAGAGGAGAAGGCCGUCCUGGCGAAGGAGCUCCGCAAGGUGAGUGACGUGGCGGGCGAGUCCCAGGGCAGCCUGAACGUGGCACAGGACGAGCUGGUCACCUUCAGCGAGGAGCUGGCCACCCUCUACAACCACGUGUGCAUGUGCAACAACGAAACUCCCAACCGCGUCAUGCUCGACUUCUACAAGGAGGGCAAGGGCGGGCGCACGAGUCCCGAAGGUCGCGGCCGCCGCUCCCCCAUCCUGCUCACCAAGGGCCUGUUCCCCGUCCCCGAUGCUGCCGACAGCGCUUUGUCCCCUAUCUCCUCUUCCCCCUCGCCCCGGGAGCCAAUGAACGUGUACAACCUGGUGGCCAUCAUCCGGGACCAGAUCAAGCACCUGCAGCUGGCGGUGGACCGCACCACAGAGCUGUCCCGUCAGAGGGUGGCGUCUCUGGAGCUUGGCGCCGUGGCUGACAAGGACAUGGAAGCCUGCAUGGAGGAGAUCCUCAAACUCAAGUCCCUGCUCAGCACCAAGAGGGAGCAGAUCGCUACACUGAGGACCGUGCUCAAAGCCAACAAGCAGACGGCUGAGGUGGCGCUGGCCAACCUGAAGAGUAAGUAUGAGAAUGAAAAGGCCAUGGUGACGGAGACCAUGAUGAAACUGAGGAACGAGCUGAAGGCCCUGAAGGAGGAUGCCGCUACCUUCUCGUCACUCCGAGCGAUGUUCGCCACACGCUGUGACGAGUAUGUGACUCAGCUGGAUGAGAUGCAGAGACAGCUGUCUGCGGCAGAGGAUGAGAAGAAGACCCUGAACUCCCUCCUCCGUAUGGCCAUCCAGCAGAAGCUAGCCCUGACCCAGCGCUUGGAGGACCUGGAGUUUGACACCGAGCAGACCCGCCGCGGGGGCAAACCUAAAGGCAGGACCACCAACGGCAGAACCACCAACGGCCAGACCAACACCGCCAACAACCCCCACGUAAGUCACGGGCUCACCUGCGCCGGCAUCGGUCGCCCCAGUGAGCACAACAUCAUGCCCAACGGCAUCCUGGGAGGGCCAGUGGUCUUCUGCAGCGAGAAGUACAAGAUCUACUGCGACUGAAGCGGCUGCAUUGUCAGCACGGGACUGCUGUGUACAGAGGGGAGGAGCCCGAGGUCCUCCCCUGACUUAGUGUUAAAGAGCCCUACUAUGCUCGCUUAGCUCCCUGCCUGCUCAGCCUGCAGCCUCAUAGAGCCUGGUGUGUGUCUAACCUAUAGUACAUACUUAUGCCUAUGGCCACGUAUGGCCACUCACGCCUGCUAGUGUAAACGCUUAGGGGAAUGCAGCUGUGUAUGUACUGAACCGUACAGUACAGUGUGCCCUAGAAGUUUGGGAUUGUAGUAGACAUAAUGUAUGGCAUGUGGAUAUGGCCUCAACCGGCCGCCGUUGGGCUUCUGUGGAUAUUAUGGGGUGUCACUUCUUUCCGCCGUCAUGGUGCUGUACUUAUGAUGAUGUAAAAGGUGGCAGCUUUUGUGCUUAGUGUGUUCUGACCCCCCCUGAGUGUGUUGCCUGGUAACCAUAAUGCAUUUGGGGGGGUGGGGACUUGUGAAGAGGGUGUCACUUUUAGGAUCAUGUGACAGAAGUUGACGUCCUCUUCUCGUUUUGCUUGCCUGUUGGCGUUGGUGCUCCUUCGAUAAAGCCCCCGCUCCUCUUCCCCUCUCUCUCCUGGCCCCCCAGGACUGAGCCAGCCCCAGCAACCCACUGACCAAUCAGGUUGCUCAUUAAUGUUUACAUAAACAAAUGAAACAAAACAAUAUGCAAACUCCCCCUGCUGUUGCUAGGGAGCCCAGUGUGAUUUGCUGGAUUUUCUAACUGAAAUUCAAAAAUUCUCAAAGCGGGUUGGCUGAUAAUUAAUGAUGUCGGAGGUGGGCGGUAAAGGAGCACCUAAGACCACAGGUGUUUCAUUUCAAGAUCCUUUAAGCUGUACACCAACGCGGUAGAGUCAGGCAGUCCAAUCGCAUGGCUUUGCAGCUGAAAAUGCUACUGAGCUUUAUAACAGUUUUUCUCUGUAAACAGGUGUGUCACAGCACAUGCAGAUGUGCUACAGGGCUCUACAUUUGAACCAGAGGAGUUAUUUAACAUCUGCAGAAAUAAACAGAGGGCUUAUAUUCCAUGUGACCCAGUAUAUGUCAUAUUGGUGGAUUCUCUCAGCCAUAUCACUUAAGAACGAAAGAAAAUGAUCAAAUAACUGUGAACAGAUACAAUAUAGUUUUGAUUGAUGGUGAUUUUUGUAAUAACAGAAAAGAUCCUAAAAGAGCACAAAAAUCAAUGGCACCCAGAUCCGGAUCGUAAUUCUACAAACAAAACCGACCAAUAUCCCUCGGCAAAGUGCCUGUCGACCCAAACACUUGAAAUCAACUACAUCUAUAUAUCGAUGUAAAGCCCUGUCUGUGUCUGUCAGCCUAAUGCUGAUCUUUCUUCCUCUCUCUCUCCCUGUCGCUUCUCUCUUUCUCUUUUGGGAGGCCCUUUUGAGCUCUCAAAUGAACUAUGUGUGGUUAUGUGGCUGAAAACCCUGUCCUCCUCACGUCUCAAACGUGUGGUUAGUCGCUUUGUUGUCAUGACAACCCCUCUCUUUUUUUUGUCAGCAGCUUGCUCGCUCUACAACACCACUCUCCCUUUAAGUAGAGAGGGGGAUUGUGGGGAAAACCCCUGGAUAUUGUCAGGUAACGUCCUUGCGCACGUGUGUUCUGGAACCCUGCCUGUGUGUGUGUGUGUGUGUGUGUGUGUGUGUCAUCUCAGCUCCGACACUGAGGUGAAAGACCCUUGUGUGUAUGUCGUUUUCUCCAAAUAUUGCAAAUAGAUUCAUUUCUGAGAUGCUGUGUGGAUGUGAGAGGACAACCAAUGUACUGUCUUUAUUACCCCCCCCCCCAAAAAAAAGCUUUAACCCUUGCAAUCUAGUGCCAGGCAGAUUAAAAAAACUGAUGUGGGGCUUGUGUUAGAUAGAUCCAUGUAAUGCAUACACGGUAUUAGCUUUGUGGCGCUAAAAGCAGGGUUGAUGCCAAGAGAUUCUUGGAAGAUGAAUUCAAUUAUGCUUUUUAAAACUAUAUAUUCUUAAUAAUACGAUCGUAAUCAGGUUCUAAUCUUCUAGGAUACUCCUAGGCCACCUCUCUCGGGUAUGGAGAGGGAGAGCUUUGGUUCCUCCGAACGAGGGACGUCCUCAACCCUGCUUGAGUUGAGUAUGUGCUGCGCUGCCCUACGAGGCCUUUAGUCACGCCACACAGUAUGGAGACGAGGCUAUCGUUCACAUCAGAGAAGAACCUCCACGGGAGGGGAAAUCACUAUUCUGUUCUUGUUCCACUUAAGCGACAGUGAUAGAAUCACACUUUGUUUGUGUCAGUUUGCUCUGGGUGUAGAGAGUGGGAGAGGAGAGAGAAGUAAUACUGGUGUUUAAAAGCACCUGCACCCGAAAGACGAGCUCUCUCAGCCGAUUCUGAACAUGAUUUUGAUACUGUGUUUGGGGAAAUGAGUUCCAGGGUUUUCUGAGGGAGAUGCAUUUACAUGAGGUUUUUGUUUGACUACUUUGUCUCUAAAUGUGGUAUUUUACCAGUGGACAUUGAUUCAAAUGAGUUGACCCUAUAUCCCUGUUCCCUUGUGUAGGCACUAUAGAUUCACUGAAUAAUCUAUAUAUUUCAUAAUCCAGGAUGUGAUUGUGGCUAGAGAGACCCUCCCUAGUUCUCUUGGUUUAGUUUGAAAUCAAUGUCUGUUUAUCUGGUGCCAUCAAUAGAAUGCCACCAGAAUAAGCUCCCUCCUACCUCUGCCUUUAGGCUCCGCCCACUUCACCUUUGAGUUCUCUCACACGCUCUUCGUCUGAUUCCUGAUUGGUUGAACGCCUGCACGCUAAAAAACACACCCGUUCUCAUUAACCUGCAUGCCAGUAAGGAAAGCCCCUCCUAUGACUGACCUGGUUCUGGGGUGUGGAUUAAACUCUUGGGGCUCAUCAUGUGUUUCGGAGGUGUCAAAGGUCAUGGUACUUGUGAGGUCAUCAGCUUCUUGCACUCACUGGUCUUCCUCGUGCAGUGGUGCUUUUAUAUCAGCUCCUCUGAAACAUAUUGACACAAUGUUGAUAUGACAGUCCGCUUCAGCACUACUAACCCAGUUUGCACCAACCGCUAGAUAGUAGCCACUGUAACUAACUGGGCCUUCGGUGUACAUCUUUUUACUCUUCCUUAUUUCAUGUUUUUGAUUGGAAUGGAAUCAUUUCUGAGGAAGUUAACAUCUCUCUAAAUGUACCAGUAAUGCACAUUUGUAUGUUUUCUUUGUUUCUCCGUUUUGCAGUCAUUUAAUUCUGCCCGGAGGAGGAUCCUCCAACACAGGAUCCUCUCACAAUGCCGAUGUCACAUUCAUUGUGCAGAAAACAGAUAGCCCUAU